AUGGAAGACGAGAUAAGUCAAGCACCACCCCUCGGUGAGCAUCACAACGACCCGCUGCAGGUCAACAAAUCCGAACCCGAGCCUGCUUUUCGACUUGACGAAGACGAGCAGGUCCCCGGCAACAAGUUCGCCUUCUCCGCCGCGCAACUCCACAAACUAUUCGAAUCUCGAACCAACAAUGCUCUGCGCGCCUUUGGUGGUCUUGCUGGGCUUUCGGCCGGCGUGAGAACCAAUUUGAAAGCAGGGCUUUCCGCCGACGAGGAUGUGCUGGACGGUUUCGUUUCGCUCCAAGACGCCAUUCAAGGUGUCGGCAUUCCAAAGGGAUCGCGGCAGGACGGUCUAGCGACCUCGACUCCUGGAGGGUUUACCGAUCGUCGGAGGGUUUACGGCGAGAACCGCGUUCCGAAGAAUAAGCCAAAGACUUUUCUACAGCUUCUCUGGCUUGCUUUCGAUGACAAGCUCAUGUUCCUCCUCACCGCUUCGGCAACCGUCUCUCUCGCCCUGGGCAUAUAUCAGUCGGUCACCAACAAGGAGGGAGGAGCUCGUCUCGAGUGGGUUGAAGGAGUUGCCAUCCUCAUUGCUGUCAUCGUUAUCGUCCUCGCCACAGCGAUCAACGAUUACCAAAAGAAUUACAAGUUUCAGAAGCUGAACGAGAAGAAGGAAGAGCGCAUUGUCACGGUGACUCGCUCCGGGCAGCAUCGAUCCAUCUCUGUGUUUAACGUCCUGGUUGGCGACGUCAUGCACCUUGAGGCUGGAGACGUUGCACCAGCCGAUGGAAUACUAAUCGAGGGGUUCGAUAUCCAGUGUGAUGAGUCGCCAUUGACUGGAGAGUCUGAACUUAUCGUCAAGACCCCGGUAUGCGUCCAAGGGUCCGGUGAUUCAUUCAUCCUCAGCGGCACAAGAGUCGAGACUGGAGUAGGGACUUGCCUCAUUCUUUCGGUCGGUGUCAACUCAACCUACGGAAAGAUCAUGAUGUCCCUCCAGGAUGACGUGCAAGAAACACCACUGCAGCAGAAGCUCGGUGUGUUAGCCCAGUAUAUCAUCAACUUCGGUCUCGCCGCCGGUCUUGUCUUCUUCGCCAUUCUCUUCAUCCGUUUCCUGGUUCAGCUCAAGGACAUAGAGGGUGGCCCAGAAGCCAAGGGCACGAAUUUCUAG